UUUGUUUGCUACAUGCAAAGACAUUUUGGGUGUAUUUAGCAUGAAUCAAGAAUCGUGAACAGUGAGCACAUUGUGUGUUAGUUUUUUGUCCAUCUCGUAUGUGUGUGUGUACAAUUUUGUUUGUUUUGAAAAUUUGGUCAUUCGUUUUGUGGCGUUUGCUGAUUAAAUACCCGUCUACAGUUUGGUUUUGUUUUGCCUGAUUCAAGUCAAUUUUGUUUCCGCUUCUUUUAUUUGAAUCACUUUAAUUGGUUAUUUGAAGAAACGACUUUUUCCACAUGGCACAGUCAGCACCAGCCAUGUGUUUUCGACAUCAUCUUGAGAUACCAGUCAACGAAUUUGAAAUUGGCCACAAACUUGAAGUGACUAGUUCGGUUAGUCACAAAUUGGUACAUUUAGCAACCGUAGUCGGUAUGGUGGGUCCACGUUUGCAGCUACGUCUGGAUGGAUGCCACAAUAAAAUGGAUUGUUUCAAAUUAGUCGAUAACAAUUCAAUAAGACCUGUUGGCACCCACAAGUCAAGAGGCUGUUUACUCGGUGCACCAUUAUUUUUUGGGAAAUGCAUAACAAAAUAUGGCCGUUUCUGUCAACAGGUGUUGGAAAACUCGGUGCAUGCACCGCCAAAUUGUUUCAAAAAAGCACCGAAAAUUCCAGAUAGAAAUUAUUUCCAACCCGGCAUGAAAUUAGAAGUGAGUGACAUAGAUCGGCCAAACCAGAUUGUUCCAGCCACAAUAAAGAGUGUGGACGGUGUAAAUGUCCUGAUACACAUGGAUGGUUGGCCAGAGGAUAAAGAUUAUCAUUGUCCUUAUUACUCGCGAAGUUUGUUUCCGGUUGGUUGGUGCCAAAAAACUGGUCACGUUCUGCAACCACCCGGUCCUUAUGAUGAACGAAUCAUUAGUGCUAAAAACAAUAACAAGCAACGACAGCAAAAGAGACAACAACAACAGCAACCACAACCGAAUGUUGGUAAUGGUGGUAGAAAGCGGAAACGAAAAACUACCACCUCAACACCUGUUGAUGGCAAACCAAGUGGAAGCAAUGCGAUGAAUCGAUAUAAAGCGCAAUUGCCACCUAGAGCAGUGGUCCAUCAAUGGCCAGUGGAUGAAUUGGUACAAUUUUUGAAGAUGCGUUUUCCGCAAUUUCACCGAUUCGAACAAAAGUUUCGAUCGCACGAAAUUGAUGGCCACGCAUUUCUUUUAUUGACCGAUCAUGAUUUGAUGAAAUAUUUGGGCGUUAAUAAGAGCCAUACGCUCAAGAUGAUCGACCUGAUUGAAAAGAUCAAUUUCCAUUGAAUCAUUAAUGAAAAGUCCCAUUUCGAGUUGGUUGCAUUUUUUUUGUCAUUCAAU